AUGGAUGACGAAGCCGAAACCUACAAAUUAUGGAGAAUCCGUAAGACGGUUAUGCAGUUGUGCCACGAUAGAGGUUAUUUAGUCACACAAGAUGAGUUGGAUCAAACUUUGGAUCAGUUUAAGACCCAAUUCGGGGAUAAACCAAGUGAAAAAAGGCCUUCGAGAUCAGAUUUGAUCGUUUUGGUGGCCCAUAAUGACGAUCCAACAGAUCAGAUGUUCGUUUUCUUUCCUGACGAGCCGAAAAUUGGUAUUAAAACUAUCAAGACUUAUUGUCAAAGAAUGCAAGAUGAAAACAUACAUAGGGCUAUAAUUGUCGUACAAGCCGGUAUGACGCCAUCAGCUAAACAAUCUUUAGUUGACAUGGCACCAAAAUACAUCCUGGAACAAUUUUUGGAGGCAGAAUUAUUGAUUAACAUUACUGAACAUGAGUUGGUCCCCGAGCAUGUUGUAAUGACGCCAGAAGAAAAACAGGAAUUAUUGAUGAGGUACAAAUUGAAGGAGAAUAUGUUGAUGAGGAUUCAAGCUGGUGACCCAGUCGCUAGAUAUUUUGGAUUAAAAAGAGGACAAGUCGUUAAGAUUAUCAGACCUUCAGAAACUGCAGGGCGUUACAUUUCCUAUCGUCUUGUGUGUUAA